AUGACUAAUCGUGGGAAGUUUAAAUUUGAAUCCGCCUCUAAAAGGUCGCGGUCUCUAGGAGCUUCCACUUUCAGCGACAUUAGCACUGUCGUACAAACUGCUGUUCCCUUAGAAGAGCGCCGUUUUUUCCUUAACAAUGUUCGCAAUACCCUGCGCAGCAAGGAUUUGAUUAGGCACAAACAGGAUCUAAAGGACAUUCUUAACAAAUGCAUUGUUUUAAAGGAAGGACAAUUCACUUCGACGUUUUCGUUCCCAGAGUGGAGCGGAUUCGUGAUCGAGAGUUUGUUGCGGUGCGCUCAUGUCUCUAGUAAGCGAGAGCUCACGCCGUUGUGUCGACUACUCGCUCUUUUCUUUAAGGACUAUGGCGACCAGGAUGGUGUCAAUCUUCCGUUCGUUGGCCUCCUGGAGAUUUUAGAAACUAACCCGGAGAACAAUGCUGAACCCAUAUUUUCGUUCAUUUCUACUCAUUUCAGGAUCAACAGUCGUUGCGUUAGCGACGAUUUGGGCGAGUUGGUGUUACACUUCACUCCAUGGUUGACUCACAAACACCCUUUGUUGCGCCGUUUAUCCAUGGAGACCUUGAGCCUGUUACUACGAAGAGUUCCAGAAAUGAAGCAACGUACAGUGCUCUGCCGUUUGCUGUGCAUGGAUGGAUCGGAGCACCUUUUGUUCGGUUUGAUAAAGAAUGUGAAUGGCACUGUUACAACUAAAACGCAUUCUCUAUUUAAGUUUUUGUUAACAAAGCUCUCGUCUUCUGAGCUCCAGGCGCCAUGUGAUUUGGACGUGUCGGAUGCUAGGUGCCGUAUAUCCACCGCUAUGCGCCGUUGCGUGUUAAUGAUGUCCCGCCACGUUAAAGGUGGAAAGAUAGAAAUGGAUUGGUUAGCUCCUUUGUAUGACGAUUUCGUUUCUAAAUACAAUGAAACAUUGUCUAACGACGCCGUAUCGGCUUAUGCCAUAGCUGCCGAAUUGAGUCUUGAGAUUCUGAUUCUCUUCCAGGAGAACUAUCGCAUAAAGAUAAAGGACAUGGCAUUGAUCCGUUCGGGUCCGUCUUUUGAUGUGUUUUUGUCGCACUAUAUAGUGCCUCUUCUACAUUUUGCGAAAGCCGUCAAAUCCGCAGGGAGCGCACUGUUUAACGAGAUUUGUCAACUUUUGGUUCGAGUUGUGCGAUCUGAUAGCGAUGCAACCGGUGUUUUGCGUGAUAGAUUUACAGAUAUCCUUGAGGACCUCCUGUAUUUCAUGGAUGAUAUGACUAGCAUUAACCCCUUGAUGGUGUUGUUCGAGUGGCGUUUGAAAAGUGCCAACCUGAUGCACGUAUCUCAAGUUUUGUUGGUGAUAUCGCGUGUGUUUGAUAAUCGGGAAAAUUUCCACCCUGUUAUCGUUAACCCAGGGGUUAGCAAGAGGAUUUUAGAUUGCAUUUCGGUAUGUUUGGAGGACAUAAUUUCCCUGCGGCGGGAAUUAGGCACUCAACCGACCUAUGUGUGGCGUUGUCGUUUGAAUAAUGCAAUGUCGAUUGUCUAUGGCUGUCUUGCUGGUCUCUCUAGCAUUUCUUCAUUGAGGUGCAAGAUGAACUCGGUUCCGAUAGAAAUAGACACUGAUGUGUUCGAUCGUUUAUUGGGGGAGUGCUUGCAGUAUUUAAGAACCAUUGACAAUAGUUGUUUAAUUGUUGAAGUCUAUCUACUUUGUUGCAAAGUGAUAGGCCCAUCGGAUAGUGCUGUUCGAAUGGAGUCUUUAGUUGAAGCCACAAAGAUGAACUCUCGACUGUUGUCGAACUAUCGCGUAGUUGAGGAAAUGUCAAAUCGUUUCUCUCCCUCAAUGCACUCCCUGGCGCAAAGCAUCGUUGCUAUGCUUCCUAGCGCAAAAACGAAGUUUCGCUCCGCUUGCUUGAAAUUUUUUGCGGCACAUUUCUCCGGCAUUGGCGUUAACAACACCAGCUUGGUGACGCUUUUUGAUAUGGAGAGUUUAGAACCAUCGUUGGAUAACGAGCGUCGCAAAUCCUUGUUGCUGGGGAAGAGUGUUGAAAGUUUGCAUUUGUCCGGGGAUAGCACACCUGACAACGAGUUGCUUGUAUGCGUGUUGUUUAAGAUAUUGCUGAGCCAAUAUCUCGUCAAAUAUGCUCCGAUAUGGCAGGCUGCAUACGAAAGCCUCGAGAAGCUAACGGCAAGACUUGCAACGUUUUUCACGGGUAAGAAAUCCUCCACCCUGAAUUCUCUGUUAGAUUCUAUGUUGGUUUCGUGUUUUAAAUUACUAGAAUCGUCAGAAGCAGGUCAGCCAAUGGAGGUGGAAACACUACCCUCCUUCGUAGUUCCUUUCAUCGCCGAUGACAACAGCGAACCCACCGACGCUGUCACGCUGCAGCGUGAGGUAUUGCGUGCGAUGACUAUCGUAAUAUCGCAUGUGAGCAACAAAGAGCCUUAUAUGAUGCGCAUCUGUUCCUACGCACACGCACAAAUGACGGAUGAGUCACGGUUAAGGUUCCGUAAGCAUGCUCUUGGAACCUUGGCGACAUUGUUGCAGAAGUACAAACUAAAAGAGACCCCGUCCAACAUUGUUGAUACGUGUUUACGCGAUGGAAUUCGUUCGUCUGAUGGUGGGAUUCGAGAAUGCUCAUUGCUUAUAGUUUCAAAACGUUAUCCUGGUCUUAAUAUGAAGCGUCUGCAGGAUCUGGCCACCGGUGAUCAUCACGCUAUAUUGCUAGACGACGAUUCUUCUUCAACACGUCUUAAAAACGCGGAGAUGCGGGAGCUUUCCCUUGGUAUUGAGAUACGAAUGCUUUGCCCACGCAUACUGCAACAUUCCAAGCAGCUCCACGGCAAGGACGUCUUCGAAUACUUGUCGAAUUUAGAUCCCCGGUAUCUGAGUUUGUUGUGCGCGGAGUUGUUACCGGGGUGUUUUGGCAAUUUGUUUUUUUCUCCGUGUAACAUGGGUGAUGUUGCCUUCUCGUGGAUGGUCGACGUGCUUGGUUUUAAUGCAGAUGUCUGUAACAAUUUCCCUAUACAGAAGGCUAUUCGUACGGUUGUAGUGAUGGUGAAUAGACUCAAAAAACGGCUAAACUUGCAAGCUCUACCUCUGUUUGCUUGUUGCAUGGGUAUACUCUCAACUUGCAUCAGGCCUAUUGAUGCCGAGUUGAAGCCAGGUGAAACGUACCUGUCCGACUGCAACAUCGAUUCCUUAAUCAGCGUAACAAUCACAUUAAUGGUUGAUCUGCUAAACACUUUUGGAAACAUGCUACCACAAUUCAUGGCUGUAAUAUCGGAUCAUGGCACUACUAUAGAGACACUUUUGAACGGGCACAAGGAUGUCUUGUCUCUUAUUGCGUGUUUGACGAGUAGUGCGGAUAUCGUGGAGGAGCUGUGCAUGUCUGUGAUACGUGGCGCCUUCCCUGGCAUAUUCCAACGUUCUCCCACCCCUCAGCUGGUAGGCAUUAUUGAGAAUCUGUAUUGCCGUUAUGCACCCUCACUAGUUAGCGGUUCCGCUUCGUGCGAUGUCAUGACAUCUUUUUUGGUUGCACAGUCGUCUGUUGUUUUGGAAUGUAUCAAGGAUUACAAACCUUUUGCCACACAUAUUGUAAAGGCAAUCCUGCUUCUUCCGGUAGAAGAUGUGCACCGUUCACUAUGUUUGAGCAUUUUGCUGAGCAACUUGCCAGAUUUGAAAAUUUUCUCAUUUCACAAGCUAAGGACAGAGCUGCGGAGUCACGAUCACUUGCGGUCUUUGCGUCGUCUGCUGGAGUGUCUGAAGCUGUGCGUUUCUCUGCUGAGGGCAGGCAACGUGUCUAUCAUCAACAAAAUUUGGAACUUUGUCAACGAUUGCCUCUUCUAUAUAGGCGAUUUAGAAUGCAGACGCCUCUCAUGUUCCGUUUUAUCUUGCCUACCCGUUCAAGAUAAAAGAUUGGUCUCACUAUGUGAUCAUCUCCUUACCAUGAAUGAUUCUUCCAGCGGCAGCAUGGAUGCCAAGUUAGAUUUUGACGUGAACUGCGAUCGCUUGGCGUUGUUGGUAACGGAUGUUGCGGAAAAGGAUCCAUCAGCUAAGGUACUCUUCACGGCUUUAUCGCAUGCCUUGUUUGUGUUACUUUGUGGUCACAAGGACCCUACUGUACGCCGCUGCGUGCUACUUUUCACUCAUUCAGUGAUGAGUGUCAUCAGCAGAUCAUUUCUUGAUGUAUCGGUGUGCGAGCCUCUGGUUCACUCCAACGUUUCGUCGGCUUGCGAUUAUAUGGAUACUGGCGAUACCCCUUUCGCCGCGCUGUUAUUAAAUGGCAUAUUUCCAUUUAUUCAGCGUUGUAUUUCGGCUACUAAUCUAAGAGAAACCCUUUUUUUCGUGUCUAUUGAGCUUUUGGAGCAAUUCAGCAAGUGUUUCAGUGCUGACUCGAGAUUAAGUUUUUUUUUUGGAGAAUGUCUUCAUGGUGAUCUUUUGUGUAACGGCGAUGUACUAGAUUGCCUGUCUAACUUACAUCACGUACAAAAGCAUGUCCGCAACGAGGGUCUGAAACAAUUGUGCCGAUUGAUUUCAGGUGGUGUGUUUUCAUCUCAUACCAUUUGUAGGAUCUUUGUUCCCAUAUGUCUUCACUUUUUGCAGGAGAGCGAGUUACCUCGGUAUGAAUUGUUUCGUGAGGGUGCCCGCGACUGUUUGAUUGAGUGUGGUAAGAAAUUAUCAGCGUUUACCUUGUUGAAGUUUUUGCGUCAGCUACUCGAGGUUUACGAUAACCAUGUGCAGUCAGCACUUCAGAUUUUUUCGAACGUUGUGCGUGCUUUCCCCGUGAGUUCGGAUGGCGAAAGCUCUAGUUUGAUAUCGAAAGAUGAUGGUAACAAUGAGUCCUAUAGCUGGCUUUUGCAGAGGUUACGAGGUAGGCUGAUGCGUUCUGAGGAUGGUGUGGAUAUACCUUGCAUCGACACAUAUGAGGCGGUAGGUUCGCUAUUGCAUCACCAGCGAGCUGAUGUUCGGGAGAAAGAGGCAAUUAAGCACUCUAGGCUACUGUGCAAAUCACUCUGUUCACGAAAUCGGGAGGUUCGUCGCAACGGACGCCUGUCGCUUGUUAAGUUCCUGCACUGUUUGGGAUUUUCGUAUUUCGCAGUUAUUUUGAAGGAAUUAUCAAGUACUAUGACUCGCGGUUUUCAACUGCAGGUUUUGAUCUUUACCUGUCACUCUAUUUUGUCAUCAUUUUCUAACUUGUGUCCUUCUCUAAAGAUUACCUGUGACGACGGUUUGGAAACUAUGCUUCAUAUGAUAACAGUAGAGCUACUUUUGCAGCAUGAGAAGGAUGGCAUUGCCUCCAAGCUAGAUGAAGCACGAAACUCUAAAGCUGCUGGUUUGAUUGAAUUGCUGGGCGAGUUUGGCGAUCUUGAAGUUUGUCGUGGUAUAUGUCGUUACCUCUGGUCUAUUUUGAAAGGUACCUGCAUGAUGCCACCAGAUUCAUGCUUCGAAUACUCCAAUAAGCUUUUGCAGGUGGUUCAUCAUUUAAUUUCGAGUUCUAUCAUCGGUUUCAUUGCUAACCGAAAUGUGGAUUUGUAUUGCUUGGCAAGUUCCUUGUUUUAUGGUUAUCUGCCGCUAGUUCGCGGUAUGUCCAAACGAUUAAAGGCACAACUGCCACCCGAUAUAUAUUCCCAGUACGUUGCUAUCACAAAAGCAGCCGCCGUGUCACUGAAACUUGUUUCGUCGGAUACUGGGGGGGACCCCGGUUCCGCCGUAACUUCUACAAAAUAUGUGUCAAACGAUGCCAACAAAAAGAAAGAGGAGCAUUAUACGUUAUUCUCUGGAACGUCAACUGGCCGCUCGUUGUCCACCUCUAAAAAGAUGGGUUUCGAUGACCACAUUGUAUCUCCACUGUUGGUUAAUGUGGCAUUGAGGAUUUAUGCACAUAUGGCUUCAGUUCCUGGGAAUGUUUUUAUUUCAUCCGUUAACAAUGAUGUUGAUGCUUCUGUAGGUUGUCUUAUUAAUUUUUCUGUAUCACACGUUCCGAGCAUUACAACAGCUUUUGGCAUUGUUUUAUGUUUCUUUUGCGAUGAUUUGAAACUACAGCGGUCCUCUGCGUCAUGUUUAUUUCAUUUAUGCAACGACAAUGUGGCUUUCAUGGAUAUGUGCGGUCCUGUCCUUGCGGAGCAUCUGGUGGAACGCCUUGGUUCGAUGCAAUUGGUCGGCUCUGAGGACCUAGCAAAGGACCACCUACGUCUAUGUUGCCAGUUUCUACGAUCUCGAUCAAACAAUAUACUUUUUACCGCAUGGAAGAAAUCAGGUAAACCCAACGAGCUGGUUUCCGGCCUCUUACUUUUGCUUGAGGCGAAUCUGGAUCGUGUGGGUUUGCAAAGUGCACUUUUGAAACUGUUCACGGUGCUUUUACAGCUUGAAGUGUCGAAUUCAACUGUUGACAAGACUUUAUAUGAGGCUUUUCAGGAGAUUUUCGUACGUAUGCUAAAGGGUGGAUUAACUCCGGCUGCUAUGCGAGCAUCUGCACGUGCGAUUGCACAAUUUCUAAUUCGCAUCCCUAUGGAAGAAUCUAAUCGGUCCAAAAGAUUUGGAUUGCUGUUGAAGCAUGUAACAUCGCCCAUUCCAUUGGUACGGUUGACGGUUCUUCAAUGUCUGCAGCAUCUGCUUAAGGGUUUGUCGAAGAAGGGAGGAUGGAAGCGUUAUAGUGAAAUGGUUGUUGUGUGCAUCGCUAUGCAAUUGUUACAUGAGUCUGACUUGGAGUGCAAGCGUGUUAUGGCUACUACUAUUUCUUUCACUUGGUCGGAAAGUUCUGUCGACCUCAAGAAGGGUUUGUUGGACUGCGUUGGCCAUUUCCUGGGUAAAUCUGCCGGUUUCAAGGAGGCCGCAUUUGCUUACUUUUUGUUCCAUUGUCUGUCAACUGAGAUCUCUGUUUCUUGGAUGCGCAAAAGUCGCAUUUUUGACACUAUUGUUCCCUUUACGGACGGUUUGGAUCGACCUUUAUGCGUAAAGGCCGGUGACAUACUUUGGCAGUUUCCAUAUUACUGGUUGCGGUUAUUGUUUCAUUUUCUAACUAUUUCUAAAGGUAUCGACAUCCUGUCAUUGGAUGGAGUCGCGUCGCCUCAAGAAGAUUCCAUGGUGGCUGUCAUGAACAAGACGUGGAGAUUUGCCGUGGAAUAUGGCACCAGUUCUAAUCACCCGUGGGUCCGUGCUGCAUCGUUGCGUGUGUUAUCCCUGGUGCUGCGUUGCCCAGCAGACUACGACAAGGUUUAUACUAGUCGUGAUGGAGACAUGUACUCAUUGGCGAAGCCGUGUAUGAAAUUGCUUUCUACGGAAACUGGUAUGGUCGAGCGCCACGAGAAGGUUGGUGCUGCGUUAAAAGAGUGUCUCAUGUGUAUUAUUGACAACAUGUUCAGGCACGUGUGCAAGUCAGAUAAAAACGUGCAUCGUUUCGUGUCGAAACUCUGUUAUGACUUGCGUCUAUGUCUCGGCAAGUCCCGUCGUUGUGGUCGCCGCAUUGAGCUUUUAUUAUCACUGCUGCAUCACUACGUGGCUAAUGUCACUGCUUUCGAGAAACUUUUGAGGGCCCCAAUGUUGCGUGUUAUCAUAGCUUCAAGUCGAGCUCUAACCUGCAAUCUUCGUUUGCCGUCUACUAAGGAUCACAGUUCUGCAUCCGAAGAGACAUCGGAAAGACUGUUGACCGUAUCGGAUUUCGCACAUCAAAUCAUUUCCACCAUCGAGAAUCGUUUCCGCGUUUUGGAUCAGAGUAGCGAUUAUUUGACCCUGCUAAGUUUUGCCCGAGACUUCGUUUCGCGCCGCAGGAUGAUGCAAAGGACCAAGAAGCAGUCAAACCGCCUGGUGAUAGGUAAGGCGAAGAACAAGGGACGAAAACGUCGUUUGAAAUGA